UUUAAGAAUGUAGUCAAAACAAAGCGUGGACUGGCCGGCCGCACGGAAGUGGUUUUGUUUCGGUGGUGAGCUACAAUAAUAUAUGAGAAAUGAGAGGUGCUACGUUAUUAAAACACAACUAGGUCUCCUAAAAGUUUUUGUUUUGUAUUUCUUCAAGAAUAUUUUAUUUUUCAUUAUUUUUUUUAUAUCGCUCGAACUAAACGAGAGAUAGCUAGUUAGCUUUUUUUUAAGCUAGCUUUAUUAUCGCAAGCAACCAUGCCUUCCUACAGUGAACUAAGGAAAACCAACUACUUCUACUACUUCAUCAAAUUUACCUUAAAUAUCUACUCAAUGCUCUUCUCG